AAAAAUUAGAACCUUAAUUAUUUGGUGUCUGGAACGAAUGCAAAAAAUAUUCAGAAGUAAUACAUAUAGUUUAUUUUGUGCAUGUGUUCUUUCUCAACAUCGUUUGGAAUUCAACAGAAAAAUUAACAACUACUGCAUUAUUCAGACGACCGAAAAUGAACACACUCUUUUAUCUGUGCUACCUUAUUUAUGGAUUGUUAAAAAUGGAUGGAAAUCCAAUGAAAAAAAGGAUUCACAUAAUACUGAUGGUGAUGAUUUGUGUUACUGGCCGCAAGGCGUUGCGGGUUAUCGCCUACUCGAGAAAACCAAGAAAAAUCCCAGUAUAAAACCGGAUACAAAGGUGCUGCGUGCUCUUAGGUGCAAAAUAAAAAGGACAAAAUUUGAAAGCUAUUUUGAGGCGUUCCGGGAAUUAAAGAUAAUGGAGGCGAAUUCGGAUACCGACGAAUAUGCAAACAUGAAGAGUCUGAGAAAAGUUUCAACAGCUACUGAACUUUUCAACCAGAUCCAGCAAACAAAGCCUGUACCAUCUCUGGAACUCAAAUCUUCGAACAGAUACGCAGAAUUCGCAGAGCCUCCAGAUUUUGCGCAACCUGACCAUAAGAUUGAUAUGCGAUACAAUAGUUCUUCGCUGUUGGAGUCGAAUAUGAGUGAAAAUGAUUUCUCUGGUCUGCCACAUACAUUAUUAUUGAAUCAGCCUCCAGUUAACGAUGAAUCUUCUAUGACGCCGGAUCUAUGCAAAGUACUGCAGGCAUUGCAUGUGGAGGUUGAGAGGAACUGUAAUAAGAUUGAGGAAUGUAAACUUGUUGGUAACAGAUCUAUUGCACUUCUUCCUCAAGUCAAUGCGAAACUAGAUUUGCUUGCAAACCAAGUCAAUAUGAAGCUUGACACCUGUGUUUCACAGAAUUUACUGCGAACCGAACAAAAUGGAACUGAAUCAUUCAGUGCUCCCUUGAGCCCGGUUAAAAGUGAAGAAGAAUUUAAAUCUUUGGAAAAGAAAACUGAUAACAAGCAGUUUGUUGAAGCUGUUAUCAAAUAUCUUGGUUCCAUGCAUGGCAAGAGCCGGUAUGUUGGGGAAGGCGGGACUGUUUUCCUGCAAAUCGUGGACUAUUUUUUCGACCGAGAGUUUUUAAUGAAAUUGCUCAUGGACUGGAACAAGCAGAAAUAAAAAUAGCGAAGAAAACAUUCAAUCGAAAAUACCUUUUCAUAAGUUUGACGGCGUCAUUAAUUUAUUCCACAAGGUGGUCAUGUUCUCCGAUCCAUCCUAUUCGCUUGUUCAGACCCAGAAUUUUCUUAAACGUUGUUUGAGAAAUGCCAAACAACUUUCUCAGAAAUAAAAGGAAUAAGAGCUUCCGUUGCAAGAAAGAGGCGUAGGAAAGUUACGAAACAAUCUGUUCUAAGUGAUGAAGAGGAAAGGCAGUAUGAAGAAGAACCAUUUUUGGAAUACGAAGAACUUGUGAAAGAUGAAGAAGAGGUGAAUCAGGAAAGGUAGAAGAACUGCUAGCUGAAAACAAUCUACAGGGAAGAAUAGAUAUUAUUCAAAAUAAUAUUUCGGUUGAAGAAUACUUGGUAGAAGAAUUUUGAUCGUUAAGUAGAAGACUACAAAUCUGUUAUUGUUUUUUUUUUAUUAAUCAUUAUUUUAUCAUUAAUCCAAAAAAAUAAAUUUAUUAACAAUGCAUAAUCUAUCUCAAAACAUUUCAUUUGAUGGUAAGGUAUGCAACAACGGUAUAAAUGCUGUCUCUUCAUACACUGUAAUUGCUACCAACUUGCAAAAAAUCUUAUCUAAUGUAUAAUGUUUUAAUUCGCCAAAUUUAUAUUCAUUUGUCCCUACGAAGACAUUAAUACACGAGGAAACUAAAAGGUAAUCAAAAAAAAAUUGGUGAACUCAGCAAUUUUGGAUCCGUAAAUGCCGUCUGAAUCUGCAUAUUUCAUAGCCGCAAUUUUAG